GGGUCCUAGCGCAUCGGCCGACAUUCCAAACACAAUCGUCUCUCUCAUCUUCCUCCUUCCCCUCUCCCAGAUCUACAUAUCACCGCCAUUUCCAUACCUCUUCAUUUGUUUCCUCCAGUCAUGGUUGGGGCUGUAGAGAACGUAAUGGCGUCUGUGUCGGGAAAGGUUAACGGUGCGGUGGAGAUCUUAAGGGGAGACUUCGAUUCGACUGCUGUGGUGGCCGAGCCAUUGCCUCCAGUUGUGGAGGACAACGAAUCGCUCAGAGACUUUGAGGAGAAAGAAGAAGAUGCGAAGCCGAAGAGCAGGGAGAUCGUGCUGGGAAAUAACGUGCACACCUCGUGUCUUGCCGUCACGGAGCCUGAGGUUAACGACGAGUUAACAGGCGAUCAGGACGCUUACAUGGCUAGCGUCUUGGCUCGCUAUCGGAAGACUCUCGUAGACCGCACCAAGCACCAUUUGGGCUAUCCCUAUAAUUUGGACUUUGAUUAUGGAGCCCUGUCUCAGUUGCAACAUUUCUCCAUAAACAAUCUUGGGGAUCCAUUUAUUGAAAGCAACUACGGUGUUCAUUCAAGACAAUUUGAAGUUGGUGUCUUGGAUUGGUUUGCCCGCUUAUGGGAAAUAGAGAAGAACGAAUAUUGGGGUUACAUUACAAACUGUGGUACAGAGGGUAAUCUUCAUGGAAUUUUAGUUGGAAGGGAAGUGUUUCCGGAUGGUAUUUUGUAUGCUUCAAAGGAGUCACAUUACUCUGUCUUUAAAGCAGCACGUAUGUAUCGAAUGGAAUGUGUAAAGGUUGAUACGUUGACCUCUGGUGAGAUUGAUUGUGCUGACUUCAAAGUUAAGCUGCUGGCUAACAAGGACAAACCAGCCAUAAUCAAUGUUAACAUAGGAACAACUGUCAAAGGAGCUGUGGAUGACCUUGAUCUUGUGAUACAAACGCUUGAAGAGUGUGGAUUUUCGCAUGAUCGGUUCUACAUUCAUUGUGAUGGGGCGUUGUUUGGGCUCAUGAUGCCUUUUGUCAAACGUGCACCAAAGGUUACUUUCAAGAAGCCUAUUGGAAGUGUGAGUGUGUCUGGUCACAAGUUUGUUGGGUGUCCAAUGCCUUGUGGUGUUCAGAUAACAAGGAUGGAGCACAUCAAUGUCCUUUCAAGCAAUGUUGAGUACCUUGCUUCGAGGGAUGCUACAAUCAUGGGAAGCCGGAAUGGCCAUGCUCCUAUUUUCCUUUGGUAUACCCUCAACAGAAAAGGAUACAAAGGAUUCCAAAAGGAAGUCCAGAAAUGCCUCAGAAAUGCUCACUACUUGAAGGAUCACUUGCGUGAAGCUGGGAUCAGUGCAAUGCUAAAUGAACUUAGCAGUACUGUUGUGUUUGAGCGGCCCAAGGAGGAGGAAUUUGUUCGUAAGUGGCAGCUGGCUUGUCAAGGAAAUAUUGCCCAUGUGGUGGUGAUGCCAAAUGUAACCAUUGAUAAGCUGGAUGAUUUCCUAAAUGAGUUAAUUGAACGACGCUCAACUUGGUACCAGGAUGGAAGUGUUCAGCCUCCUUGUCUUGUGGCUGAAGUGGGAAAAGAGAACUGUGCUUGUGCACUGCAUAAUUGUUGAAUUGAAUAGUUUUCAUGAUUUAGAAUUGCUCCUUAUGGUUCUAUCUGUAGUUGAUUCUAGUGAACUCUAGAUUUUAUUCUAGUCCCUGCAUUCCUUUCCUUGUAUGAAUGCAUCCUGCUGGAGUAGUAGUACCUGCCGGCUUGCCAAUAAUGUAGAACUGUGUUGCUUAAAGUAAGCAUCUGAAUUGCUUUUGGUUUUUUAGCAUUUCGUGUUCAUUCUAAUUGGUCUGUAUCUGAGAUCUGAAGAAACUCGUAUUUGCCAG